UACAUUAUUAUAAGUAUUUAAUCAAAUUAGGUUUCAUGCAGAUGAGGCUGGGAUCGUCAUUACGAAGGUUGCAUGAACUUGGACCGUUUAAAAGGGAGAAGAAAAAUAAAAAUCCUUUAGGAUUUGGGGUACCGUUUGCGAAAGGCGUAGUCUUAAAGACUGUAAUCAGGAAGCCAAAAAAGCCAAAUUCUGCGAAUCGAAAAUGCGUUGUCGUUCGCUUAUCAUCCGGCAAAGAAAUGGUUGCUUUUAUACCUGGUGAGGGUCACAAUCUUCAAGAGCAUAACGUCGUGCUGUGUCGACCAGGAAAAAUAAAGGAUACCCCAGGUGUUAAAAUCAGAUGCGUUCGUGGAAAGUAUGACCUGCCACACGUAGUAAAGAAAACUGAUUAGUCGUAUGAUAUGAUCUAUAAUAUGAUCGGUUUACGAUGGAUUUCUGAAAAUGUAUAAAAUAUAUAUAUUAUUUAUAUUAUUA